UGAUUGCAUACAGUUGUAUGUUGUAUUACAUGUGCCGGUGGAUAAAGUGAGGUUAAUGUUCGCUUAUAAUUAAUUGAUUACAGUUUGUAAAUACGAUGGAGAAUCAAAAUGCACCGCCUAUCAAGAGCAAUAAUCCCGCUCCGACUGUAGAACAGAUCAAUGCGGACAGAAUCACCCAGCUUGCGAAUAAAUAUUGGGCGCCGCACACUACAGAUACGCAUCUAUCGUUCAAACCUCAGAUAGUGGAAGAUAUCUAUAUACAGGAAAUAUGCGCCUCCAAAUUCUCCAUUCGAAGAAUCAUGAUGUUGGAGUUCAGUCAGUAUCUGGAAAAUUUUCUCUGGCCGAAUUACAACGCGGAGAAUGCAACGCGAGCCCAUACCAUGUCCAUUGUUGUCAUGGUAAAUGAGAAGUUUAGAGAGCGAGUGCAAGUUUGGGAAGCAUUUGAAAAGAAUCCAACGCACUUUCCUGGAUUCUUCCAAAAAGUUCUUGAAGCAUGUUUAGAAGAAAGCAUAAUGGACUUUGAUUUAAAGGAACAGACAGCGUUGAUAGUGUUUUUAAAUCAUUGUUUCAAUUCCAUGGAGAUAUUAUUAGUUAGAGAGGAAGUUAAAAGAUUGGUAUCUCUGUCUAUGUGGAUUUCUUUGCAACACGGUAGAAGAGAACUUGAAUUUAGAAAGUUUCCGAAAUGGAGGAAAUAUUGGAAGGUUAUAAGAAAGAAGGAUAAUCCAGAACAAAAGGAGAAACUUGAGUGGGAACGCAGAUUUUUGCACAAGCUCAUGAUAAAAUUCAUGACAAUAUUGGAGACAAUUCCCGUAGAAGGACCUGUACUUCCGGACAAAGUGCGAUACUGCGAAAGAUUUUUGGAAUUGAUCAUUGAUCUUGAAGCUUUACUUCCCACUAGACGUUUUUUCAAUACUGUCAUGGAUGACAAUCAUCUAGUCGUGCGUUGCCAGUUAUCUAAUUUAUUACAUCGUCCAGAGGGAAGUUUAUUUGGACAGCUUCUGGAAAUGCUCAAGUUCUACGCCCGAUUCGAGAUCAGCGAGGAGACCGGCAACCCAUUGACGGAUCACGACAUGACGCAGUUACACUACGCUAAAAUCACGUCUCUUCAAAAUGCGGUUUUCUUGAAAUUUCCGGACCUGAGAAGCUUCGCGUUGGCCAACGUAGCCAGUGUCGACAUCAGGGACGCUCUUUACAAGCAUUUUGGUUCGCUCAGCCAGGAAAAACUGAGAUCUAUCGCGAGUUAUUUGAAUUUAGUGCCGCCGAAGGAACGAGAAAAGGAGGAGAAUUGGUACCGUCUAGACAUAGAGUUUUUGCGCGAACUGCUGAUAUCGCGACACGAGCGUAGGCCGUCGCAACUUGAGGAGUUGAAUGAAAUGCCCCUCUACCCUACCGAAGGCAUCAUCUGGAACGAGAGCAUCGUCCCGACCGAAUAUUUUUCUGGCGAGGGCUGUCUGGCUCUGCCGAAACUGAAUCUGCAGUUCCUCACGUUGCACGAUUAUCUCUUACGCAACUUUAAUUUAUUCCGCUUGGAAUCCACGUAUGAAAUACGACAGGACAUCGAGGAUGCCGUAAGCAGAUUGAGUCCUUGGCGGGCUGAAGACGGCGGCGUUUACUUUGGCGGAUGGGCCAGAAUGGCACAACCUAUUACACAAUUUGCCGUAGUCGAGGUAGCCAAGCCUAAUGUCGGCGAGAAUAGGCCAUCGAGGGUACGCGCCGAUGUUACUAUAAAUCUCAGCGUUCGCAAAGAGAUUAAAUCCGAAUGGGAGAAUCUUCGCAAGCACGAUGUGUGCUUUCUCAUCACAGUCAAACCACCGAAUCCUAUUGGCACGAAGUAUACUCACAAGCUCCCCUUCGUACCACAAGUGGGUCUAAUGACAGUGCGAGGGUGCGAGGUCGAAGGUAUGCUCGAUUCGAAUGGCAGAGUGAUAGAAGAUGGCCCUGAGCCGAGGCCAAUUCUACCAGGCGAUUCGCGAACCUAUAGAGUAUGGUUGGACUGCAAUCAAUAUCGGAUCGAUAUGGACAACGCGAGUCACGGUGGCGAGGACGUAUACGAGGGAUUUAAUAUUAUUAUGAGGCGUAAACCUAAGGAGAACAAUUUUAAAGCAGUUUUAGAGACUAUAAGGGAGCUUAUGAAUACUGAAUGCGUCGUGCCCGACUGGCUGCACGACAUAAUUCUUGGAUACGGUGAUCCUGGCGCAGCGUGUUAUUCUAGAAUGUCGGAUGAAAUUGCGACGAUGGACUUCAACGAUACAUUCCUUGACAUAGAUCAUCUACGAUCUAGUUUUCCUCAAUAUGAAAUCAAAACGGAUCCAGAGGACGAAGGAACUCUCGUGCGGCCGUUCCAGUUGACUUUCGAGGAUAUUCUAGCGAAACGUAACAAUGAACCGAUUAAGAAAAUUAUUAGAGUUAAACCACACGUACCGCCCAGUAGAGGUCCAUACAGAGCGAAUGAACCGAAAAAAAAUCAAAUCCCCUUUACGCCAACGCAAGUCGAAGCUAUACGAGCUGGAAUGCAGCCAGGUCUGACGCUCGUUGUCGGCCCGCCCGGUACCGGUAAAACGGACGUCGCUGUACAAAUCAUCUCGAAUCUAUAUCACAAUUUUCCCAAUCAGAGAACACUGAUCGUGACACAUUCCAAUCAAGCUCUCAAUCAAUUGUUUGAAAAGAUAAUGGCUCUCGAUAUUGACGAACGGCAUCUACUGCGUCUCGGUCACGGAGAAGAGGCUCUCGAGACUGAAAAGGAUUUCAGUCGCUAUGGCAGAGUUAAUUACGUUCUCGCUAAACGUUUGGAUCUGCUUAUGGAAGUUCAAAGAUUACAGGAAUCUCUGAACGUGAAGGGUGAUGUUGCAUAUACAUGCGAAACGGCGGGAUACUUCUUUAUGUAUCAAGUAUCCACGAGAUGGGAUCGCUUCGAAACCAAAGUUAAACAUAGACAGCACACGAGUGAUAAGUCCAUUUUAUCUUCCAUAGUCGAUGAGGAGUUUCCAUUCCACAAAUUUUUCGAUAAUGCUCCGCAACCGCUUUUCAAGCGGAAUUCAUACGAAGAGGAUCUCAAGAUUGCGUACAGUUGUUUCAGGUAUAUCGAAAGGAUAUUCACGCAGUUAGAAGAGUUUCGCGCUUUCGAAUUACUGCGAUCAGGUCUUGACAGGUCAAAAUAUUUACUCGUGAAAGAGGCCAAAGUAAUUGCUAUGACCUGUACGCACGCGGCACUUAAACGGCGUGAACUUGUUGACAUGGGUUUCAAGUAUGACAAUAUCCUCAUGGAAGAAUCUGCGCAGAUUUUAGAGAUAGAGACUUUUAUACCGUUGCUACUGCAAAAUCCCCAGGAUGGAUACAAUCGUUUGAAACGUUGGAUAAUGAUAGGAGAUCACCAUCAGUUACCGCCUGUCAUUAAAAAUAUGGCCUUUCAAAAGUAUUCGAACAUGGAGCAAUCUUUGUUCGCAAGAUUUGUGAGACUGGGGGUUCCCACGGUUGAUCUUGACGGCCAGGGUCGUGCCAGGCCAAGUAUCUGUAAUCUCUAUAAUUGGCGAUACAAGAAAUUGGGCAAUUUGGCGCAUGUGGAACGUAGUCCUGAGUAUCUUGUAGCGAACGCCGGUUUCCUGUACGACUUCCAACUGGUAAAUGUCGAGGAUUUCAAUGGCGUCGGUGAGAGCGAGCCUAGCGCUUACUUCUAUCAGAAUCUCGCUGAAGCCGAAUACUGCGUUGCAGUGUUUAUGUUUAUGCGCCUGUUGGGAUAUCCGGCUGAUAAGAUCAGUAUACUAACCACGUACAACGGUCAGAAGCAUUUGAUAAGGGACGUGAUAAACAUCCGUUGCGCAAAUAAUCCUUUAAUAGGUCGGCCGAACAAGGUGACAACCGUUGAUAAAUAUCAGGGUCAGCAGAAUGAUUAUAUUCUAUUGUCUUUGGUGAAAACGCGCGCGGUUGGUCAUCUGAGGGACGCGAGACGUCUGGUGGUGGCAAUGUCGCGCGCUCGUCUCGGUCUUUACGUCUUCGCUCGUGUGUCCCUCUUCAAGAACUGCUUCGAGCUUACGCCGGCAUUCGAUCAACUGAUGCACAGACCGUUGAAGCUGCAAUUACUGCCGCAGGAACUAUAUCCGACCGAGCGACUGAACAAUGCCGUGCCUUCGAUGGUCCCAACGGAAAUUGAGGAUAUGCCGCAUAUGGCUAAAUUUGUUUACGAUUACUACAUGGAGAAAGUCAGCGGAAUGAAGGGGUCGCAGAAAAUGUGGCAGAAGCCAGGAACCAUGCAAACAAUGGGCAGUCCGACGCAUAAGAUUCCUGCUCAUCCAGGUGCCGAUGACGACACCGAUGAAGAAGAGGAAGGACUUAAUCAAGAAGACGUUGAAAUGAAAGAAUCUAAAAAAGAAAAUAUAGAAAACAAAUACGAGACCAUAAAGAAUUUAGUCGAAGAUCCUCCGAGUGACGUAGAAGACGACCGCUGAAUUGAUUACGCCAUGAUAUACUAUGCUCGCACGCAAGGACUGAUACGUUAGUACGAAAUAAAAUAAUCAAUUUUACAUCUUGGAAAUGAAAUCAUUAUCUGCUUCAAGAUAUUGAUGUAUAUCGUAACUGUUAAUUGUCGGUUACCGAUCAAUCAUACAAUUAUACUAUAUCAAGAAUAUAUAAAAGCGUUUUACAGAGAUUACUAUUGUAAAAUAAUAUAUAGAAGUUUUCUUACAUACUUGUAUUAAAAUAAAUUAAGUGAAUGUUCUGUUAAUCGAUUAUCUCACUGAUUCUUUUUAAAACAUGCAUAUUUCAAAGAAUAGUAAUUGAAUGAUUUUAUGCAUUAUGAUGAAGACAUUAAUUUUUUAUUUUUAUGUCUCGAAGUAAUUAUAAUAAGAGAGUUUAAAAAGUC